AUGCGCAUCAAUAUUAUUUUUGCUACGAUUGCUUUGCUUUUGUUUCAUAUAUGUGUAUCGGCAGAUCCUCCAAAUUGGUUAGGUACGUUCAAUAUAGAUGAGAGUUGUAAUCAAAAUGAAUGUUGUUGUGUAAGUGAACAAGCAACAAUAACAAAAGCAAGUGAUACACAAUUGUUAGUCUCGGCCAAUGUAGCCGGUAUACCUUGUCGAGAACAAUUAAAUGGAUCAACAACAAUUUCAGUAUUAAUUCCAAUUCCAACUGAUAAAAAUGGCUUCCAAAUAACAACAAAUUUUCUCGGUACUAAUAAUCGAUUUACAUUAAGUUCGGAUAGUCAAUAUAUUGCUAAUGUCAAUUUACAAUAUCCAAAAUGCAGUGGCAUGGCACAUCGUGUUGAUAGUAAUUGGUUGGGUACAUUUAUUUUAGAUGAUAGUUGUGUUCAAUCGGAAUGUUGUUGCCUUGUUGACAAAGUAGGAAUAUCCAAAUUGAAUAAUACACAACUUUUAGUUACGGCAAAUGUGGCUGGUGCAACAUGUGGUGUACACGCACCUACUACAGUUGAAAUACCAAUUCCAAUUCCACAAGAUAAACAUGGUUUUCAACUAACAACAUUUUUUGUUGGUAGUAUCAAUCGAUUUACAUUAACUUAUGAUAAUCAAUAUAUUGCUAAUGCUAAUUUACAAGCUCCAAGAUGUAGUGGCAUGGCACGACGAUCUUAA